CUUGGCGACUGGGAUCUAGGCUGAGAGGAGACCAUGUCGGACCUGGGCUCGGAGGAGCUGGAGCAGGAGGGAGAGAACAACCUUGAGGAGUACGAAGGGGAACGCAACGAGGCGGGCCAGCGGCACGGACGCGGCAGGGCCAGGCUGCCCAACGGGGACGUGUACGAAGGCAGCUAUGAGUUCGGGCAGAGGAGCGGCCAGGGGAUCUACAAGUUCAAAAAUGGUGCCCGGUACACUGGACAGUAUCUUAAAAAUAAAAAGCACGGUCAAGGCAUUUUUAUAUAUCCAGAUGGAUCCAGAUAUGAAGGGGAGUGGGCGGAAGACCAGAGGCACGGCCACGGCGUGUACUACUACGUGAACAACGACACCUACACCGGGGAGUGGUUCGCUCACCAGAGGUUUGGCCUCCCCACCAGCACAGCUGUUUAUGGAAUUGAAGUGGUGGCGGCCUCGGUUGGUUUGCAGCUGCUGGAUAGCAAGACCUUGACGUCCCAGGCCCAUUCGGGUCUCCCCCAGGCGCUUCCCAGCCAGCCGGAGGCACGGGCAAGGCACCUACUUCUAUGCAGAGACGGGCAGCAAGUAUGUGGGCAGCUGGGUGCACGGCCAGCAGGUGGGCGCGGCCGAGCUCAUCCACCUGAACCACAGGUACCAGGGCAAGUUCCUGAACAAAAACGGCUCAUGGGAUGCAGAGGAACCCUGGGUAAUCCAGACCCUACCCCGUGGGCACUUUCGGUGGCUUUGACUGGGGUGCAAGCGGAAACUGUCCCCGUGGAGAGUCUUGCUGAGCCAAUGAUGGGUGAUACUACAGGCUGCCACGGGGAACACUGAACUCUUAACGAAGACUCUCUGAGUUUCAUUUGCAUUGGUGCACGCCUUACCCAUGAAUUUGGCACACUCUCAGUGAGCUAGACUAGGCUGAUCUGAAAGAGUAAGAGUGAAAUGGAAGGUUUGUUCUGCUAGCUGUAAGAAACUCACGUCCUACGGAUAAUGCACCAGGACUUUCUAACGGUAAAGCAUCUCAGUACUAGGAUGGCCCCGCCUACCCUCUUGCCCCGCCCCGCCCACUUCCUCGUCCCGAGUGUGUUCUCCGAUUUCUGUUCGCUCUCUCUGUCUCUGUCUGCCUGUCUGUCUGUCUCUCACACACACAGCUUAUACAGAAGCAGUUUUGAGAUUUGACUCACACAAAUAAGGUCAUGCUGUACGGGGACACAGAGUUGUGCCGUCUCUGCUUUUCCGGGGGGUGUUGAAGGGAAUGUAAGCAGGACACUGGUUGGGACUGAGCUCCUGUGCUAGGCCCCGCAGGCCAGAGUGAACAGAGCCACUCACACCCAAGUUCUGUGACCCCAUGCACAGCGAGGCUGCCGGCCUGACUCCAAGCAGCCAGGAGAGGGGGUGGCCUGGCCCCAGACAGUGUUGUGCCGGCAGGUGCGGUGAUGGAGUCCUCACUGCUGUGGCCCUGUAAGAAGUGGCUUUGAAAUGACCAAUCUGAAUGUCAUUCUCUGCUUCUUUAUCAGCCCUUCUGUCUGUAAAUCAGCCUGUGCUCGCUCAUUGGAACACAUGUUCUAUUUGGAGAGUUGGUGCCCAGAUCUAGAAUCACAAAUAAAAGCCAAUGAGAUGUUAGAGCUAAUGUGAUUGUAGUUUUGUCUCUUGAUAGUAAUGUUUGUGCGGGAUGAUUUAUGUAGUAUGUAUGUAGGUAAUGAAUUUGCAGAAUGUACAAGUACUGAGAUUUUUUUUUGGUUCCCGAUACCAGGAAUCAAACUCAGGACCUUGCACUUGCCAGGCAAGUGCAGCAGCACUGAGCUACACCCCUGGCCCAUAAGUACUGAGAUUUUAAACUGACUCAUAAUGCCGGUUAUCUAAGCAGCUCUGUCCAUUCAUGUUCUCAACAAUAGAGUAUGAGUCCUUCUAUCACGUGUUCUCCCCAACCUUGGGUCUUAUCAGUCUUUAGUUUUAUUUUUUUGCUUUUAAAAAAAAUAUAAAACUGUUGUCCCACUGUUUGAAAGCACAUUUCCCUGGUUACUAGUGAGGCCAAACAUUUCCCACACUCUCUCAGGAAAUCCCCGGCUCAUGUCCAUGGGGCAAGUUAUCGGGUGGUGUGAUCUGAGGUAGGGGCACAGAAAUGAGUGAAACAGAUCAGAAAGCAGAUAAAACUACGGGACGCUUGGUGAAGGCACCAUUUCAAAUGAAUGGGGCCAGUGAUGUAGCUCAGUGGUGCCGCUGCCUGCCUCGCCAGGGCAAGGUUUUGAGUUCAAUCCCUGGUACCAAAAAAAACAACAAACAAACAAACAAAACACCCUGUUCAAAUGAAUGAACAUGUAGGGGGUAGGGUCUGGCACUGAUCGGGGACAACUGGAUCACCAUUUGGGAGAAUUCAUCCCUCAGCUUAUAGAUGAAGGCACUUUCUAAAAUGAAAUUUAAAUGGAAUCGAGAUAAUCACAUAUGGAAGAAAUAAGUGAAUAUUUUUUACCUUUGAAAUUAGGAAAGAGGACUUUUUACACAGACUCAUAAAGGAAAAGCCAGUAGAUCUAGUUUCACAAAGAUAAUCCCUUCUUAGAGCCAGGUGUGGUGGCGCACACCUGUAAUGCCAGCACACUUGGAGGCUGAGACAGAAGGGUCAGAAGUUCGA